AUGCUCACCUCGACCCUCGCCCUCGCCCUCGCCUUCACCUCGACGACCUUCCACCUCGUCGGCGGCGCGCCCCUCCCUCAAGGCGCCUUCCCCUCGCCCCAGCCCGCCGACGGCGACGGCGCCCUCGCCACCACCUCGCCCACCGACUCGACCGCCGCCGCCGCCCCCGUCGACCCGGCCGCCCUCUCGCCCGAGACGACCUCGUCGAGCGACACGACGUCCAACACGUCGUCGCCUGCCGACGUCUCGAGCCUCCUCGGGCAGCUCGGCGACCUGCAGGGCCAGGGCGGCACGUCCGACGACGAGUCGGCCGACCCGGACUCGGCGCCGUCGAGCGCGUUCACGGCGUUCGGCGACGGCGGCGAGGGUGCGGGUGCGGGCCCCGGCAUGAGCGGGCUCGACCUGUCGUCGCUCCUCGGCGGGCUCGGGUCGUCGGCGUCGGCGGGCGACUUGGGCGGGUCGGGCGGCCCGGGCGUCGGCUCUUCCUCGUCCUCGCCGGGCGGGCUCGACUCGCUCAGCGCCGACGGCAGCCUCCUCGGCUCGUCCCUCGGCGGCAUGGGCUCUCUCGGAGGCGGAGCCGGGCUCGACUCGGUCGGCGGCGUCGACUCGGCGCAGACGGCGGGCGACUCGAACACGCCAACGGCCGCGCUCGCCCAGGACCAGGUGCUCGCACUCGAGCCGACGACGACAACGACUGCCUCGCUCAUCGCCUCGUCGUCGCUCGUCGACCCCGCCGUCCUCGCCGCCGAGCCCACCUCGACCUCGAUGAGCGACCCGACGUCGACCGACCUCGUCACCUCGACGCUCGGCCCUGCCGUUCUCGCCGCCGCCACGGCUACCGCCAUGCCUUCGAUCGACACCUCGGCCACGUUCGACCUCAACGAGUUCCUCGCCGGCGCGAGCUUCCCGCCCGAGGCGACGACGGCCAUCCCGGGCGUUGCGACCGUCGCUUGA